GAUUUUUAAUAAUAUAAUUUAAGUCAUAACGUGAGAAAAUGAGUUUUAAUGAACUAGAUUUUUGCAUGCCCUCACCGAAGAACGCAACAGACGAUGAAUCCUCAAGAAUGUGUUCGAAAGGGACUGAGGAGAGGUUUGCUGAUGCACUUAGAGGAAGUAAUCAUUACAUAAUUCCGCUGGAGCCUGAUGAAACAAUGAAUUCGUUUGAUAACUUCCUCUCAGAGUCCUCUCCGGAGGAAGCAGCCGUUGAGGAGCCCGUUGUUAAGAAAAUUCCGGAUCUAUCUCAAAGAAAAGAUGUGCUGUUUAAGAGUAUUUUCAGGUCUGUCAAGAAGUACUAUACUAAGUUAUUUAAGGAAUCUUCUGAUUUUUAUAAACACAAAUCUGAAAAGGCCAAAAAGGCAAACGUUAAGGCCUGUGUCAAAAAUUUCAUCCAGAAGGAUCUCUUGUUUCUGAAUGGCAGUGAAGGUUUCCACUCUGUUGAAAUUGAUGAACUAUGAGAAUUUAUGAGCAGGAUUAUCGCUCCUAAAUCUUGCACGAAGUCAUACACCACUUACUCCUGUAAGAAGUAUAUAAACUUGUUAUACAAGUGAAUUUAUAAUUACAACGAGAGGAAUGCGGCCAAAUUAUAUACCAGCGAGGUCAUGAAGCAUAUCUUCUUCUUUUGAUUGAGAGAAGAAAAUCUAGAGAAAAUGGUCCAAGAAGACCCAAACUUAGCCCGAAACUCAAAGCUAAUAAAAGAGAAGGCAAAAGAAGUCCUCGAUGGGUUCAGAUCCAUAUAAAAUAUUGAAUAAUUCAAUUUAAAUAG